GCACGACCCCCAAGGCCCGGGAGCCCCCGGCCCGGCCCCAGCGGGGUCUGCGGCGGCUCAGGCUGGGGGUGACGUCACAGGGAGGCGUGCGUGGGGGCCGAAGCUGGGACCCCGGGCAGGUGAGAUCUCUGUGCCUUCCCUGGACCUGAGAUCUCUCUGUCUUCUGAGAGCCAGCUCUGCACAAGCAGGUGCCAGGCCAGUUUGCAGACAACCAGAACUGGAACCAGAGAGAAUGGCCCCAGGGACCCAGAGACCCUCAUCCCAGGAGUUGGUGACAUUCAAGGAUGUGGCUCUGGAUUUCACCCAGGAGGAGUGGCACCUCUUGGACCACUGUCAGAGAGAGCUGUACAAGGAGGUCAUGCUGGAGAAUGUCCAGAACCUGCUCUCUGUGGGACUUCCAGUUUCUAGAGAAGAUUUGAGUUAUCCUUUCCAAGAAGGGGAAUCACCAAGGAUGGUAGAGCACAAAGGUUCAAGGAACUCCCGUCUAGGUGGAGAGACCAGUUUGGAAGAGAAGAAGAUGGUUACAAAGGUGAACAUUUCUGUGGAAGAAUUUGGCCAGCAUAGAUUUGAGAGUGAUGGUGCCUGUAACUUGAAUUUGAAAGAAAUCUGUGACUCUGAGACCAAGGUGGGUAACGGUAUCUUCGAGUUUGGUGAAAUUGAAAAAGAACUCAUACCGUCUUCAGUCUUAAAUAACAGUAAGAGAAGGACUUCAUGGAAUGAAUGUGUUCAGGACAGUGAAGAUAACAAAUGGUUUCCUGAACAACUAGAACCCUUUAUGGCCCAGGAGAAGUCUCUUCAAAUGCAAAUGUACAAAGGUAAUCAUCUGGAAAUGGCCUUGAAUUUGAAAUCUGAUCUCUUUGGACAUCAGAAAAGUGACAGAAGUGGGACGGCCUUCAGUCUGAACUCUAAGUUCAUUCCUCUUCAGAAAAUUCACAUUAUAAAGGAAUCUGUUGAAUAUAAUGAAUGUAACAAAACCUCAUCCCAUCAAUCUUAUCUUCCUUGCCAUGCUAGAUUUUGCCAUGGAAUGAGAAGAUAUGCAGUUCCUAUUUGUGGAAAGGCCUUUGGUUGGAACUCAGAUCUUAAUAAGCAUCAGAACAUUCACAUUGGAAAAAAGUUUUAUAAAUGUAAUCACUGUGGAAAGACUUUCACACAGAGCUCCCAUCUUGCUGUACAUCAGAGAAUCCACACUGGAGAGAAACCUUAUGAAUGUAAUCAGAAUGGAAAGAGUUUCACAGUGAGCUCUAGUCUUGCUAAGCAUGAGAAAAUCCACACUGGAAAGAAACCUUAUGAAUGUGAUCAUUGUGGAAAGGUUUUCACACAUAGCUGCAAUCUUGCUGUACAUCAGAGAAUCCACACUGGAGAGAAACCUUAUAAAUGUAAUCAGUGUGAAAAGGCUUUCACACAGAGCUCCAGUCUUGUUGUACAUCAGAGAAUCCACACUGGAGAGAAACCUUAUAAAUGUAAUCAGUGUGGAAAGGGUUUCACAGUGAGCUGCAGUCUUGCUGCACAUCAGAGAAUCCACACUGGAGAGAAACCUUAUAAAUGUAAUCAGUGUGGAAAGACAUUCACAGCAGAAUCCCAACUCGUUGUACAUCAGAGAGUCCAUACUGGAGAGAAACCUUAUGAAUGUAAUCAGUGUGGAAAGGCUUUCAAAGUAAACUCCCAUCUUGCUGUACAUCAGAGAAUCCACAGUGGAGAGAAACCUUAUAAAUGUAAUCACUGUGGAAAGGCUUUCACAGAGAGAUCCAGUCUUGCUACACAUCAGAGAAUCCACACUGGAGAGAAACCUUAUGAAUGUAUUCAAUGUGGAAAGGCUUUCACAGUGAGCUCCAGUCUUGCCAAGCAUCAGAGAAUCCACACUAGAGAGAAACCUUUUGAAUGUUAUCAGUGUGGAAAGUCUUUCACUGGAAGUUCCAGUCUUGCUAAGCAUGUGAAAAUGCACACCACAAAGAAACCUUAUGAAUGUGAUCAGUGUGGAAAGGCUUUCCCACAGAGCUCCAAUCUUGCUGUACAUCAGAGAAUCCACACUGGAGAGAAACCUUAUAAAUGUAAUCAGUGUGGAAAGGCUUUCACACAGAGUUCCGGUCUUGUUGUACAUCAAAGAAUCCACACUGGAGAGAAACCUUAUGAAUGUAAUCAGUGUGGAAAGGGUUUCACAGUGAGCUGCAGUCUUGCUGCACAUCAGAGAAUCCACACUGGAGAGAAACCUUAUGAAUGUAAUGAGUGUGGAAAGACUUUCACAGCAGAAUCCCAACUUGUUGUACAUCAGAGAAUCCAUACUGGAGAGAAACCUUAUGAAUGUAAUCAGUGUGGAAAGGCUUUCACAGUAAACUCCCAUCUUGUUGCUCAUCAGAGAAUCCACACUGGAGAGAAACCUUAUGAAUGUAAUCAGUGCGGAAAGGCUUUUAAAGUGAGUUCCAAUCUUGCUGCACAUCACAGAAUCCACACUGGAGAGAAACCUUAUGAAUGUUAUCAGUGUGGAAAGGCUUUCAGAAUGAACUCAAAUCUUGCCAAGCAUCAGAGAAUCCACACUGGAGAGAAACCUUAUGAAUGUCAUCAGUGUGGAAAGGCUUUCAAAAUGAACUCCAAUCUUGCUAAGCAUCAGAGAAUCCACACUGGAGAGAAACCUUAUGAUUGUAUUCAGUGUGGAAAGGCUUUCUCACAGAGCUCCAGUCUUGCUAAGCAUAAGAGAAUCCACACUGGAGAGAAACCUUAUGAAUGUUAUCAGUGUGGAAAGGCUUUCAAAGAUAGCUCCCAUCUUGCUGUACAUCAGAGAAUCCACUCUGGAGAGAAACCUUAUGAAUGUAAUCAGUGUGGAAAGGCUUUCUCACAGAGCUCCAGUCUUGCUGUUCAUCAGAGAAUCCACACUGGAGAGAAACCUUAUUAAUGUUAUCAGUGUGGAAAGGCUUUCACACAGAACUCCAAUCUUGUUGCACAUCAGAGAAUCCACACUGGAGAGAAACCUUAUGAAUGUAAUCAGUGUGGAAAGAAUUUUACAGAGAAUUCCAGUCUUGCUAAGCAUGAGAGAAUCCACACUGGAAAGAAGCUUUAUGAAUGUGAUCAGUGAGGGAAGGCUUUCACAGUGAGCUCCAGUCUUGCUGUACAUCAGAGAAUCCACACUGGAGAGAAACCUUUUGAAUGUUAUCAGUGUGGGAAGGCUUUCACACAGAACUCCAGUCUUGCUAAGCAUGAGAGAAUCCACACUGGAGAGAAACCUUUUAAAUGUAAUCAGUGUGGCAAGACUUUCACACAGAGCUCCAAUCUUGAGAGCUCCCAUAUUGCUGCACAUCAGAGAAUCCACACUGGAGAGAAACCUUAUGAAUGUAAUCAGUGUGGAAAGGCUUUCACCCAGAGCUCCAGUCUUGCUAAGCAUGAGAUGAUCCAUACUGGAGAGAAACCUUAUGAAUAUUAUCAGUGUGGAAAGACUUUCCCAGAAAGUUCCAGUCUUGCUAAACAUGUGAGAAUCCACACUGGAGAGAAACCUUAUAAAUGUUAUCAGUGUGGAAAGGCUUUCAAAGUGAGCUCCCAUCUUGCUGCACAUCAGAGGAUUCACACUGGAGAGAAACCUUAUGAAUGCUAUCAAUGUGGAAAGGCUUUCACAGUGAGCUCCAGUCUUGCCACACAUCAGAGAAUCCACACUGGAGAGAAACCUUAUGAAUGUUAUCAGUGUGGAAAGACUUUCACAAAGAGCUCCAGUCUUGCUAAGCAUGAGAGAAUCCACACUGGAGAGAAACCUUAUGAAUGUGAUCAGUGUGGAAAGACUUUCACACAGACUUCCCAUCUUGCUACACAUCAGAGAAUCCACACUGGAGAGAAACCUUAUGAAUGUUAUCAGUGUGGAAAGGCUUUCAAAGAGAGCUCCCAUCUUGCUACACAUCAGAGAAUCCACACUGGAGAGAAACCUUAUGAAUGUAAUCAGUGCGGAAAGGCUUUCACAGGUGGAUCCAGUCUUGCUGCACAUCUGAGAAUCCACACUGGAGAGAAACCUUAUGAAUGUUAUCAGUGUGGAAAGGCUUUCAAAGUGAGCUCCAAUCUUGCUGCACAUCAGAGAAUCCACACUGGAGAGAAACCUUAUGAAUGUUAUGAGUGUGGAAAGGCUUUCACUCAGAGCUCCAGUCUUACUAAGCAUCAGAGAAUCCACACUGGAGAGAAACCUUAUGAAUGUAAUCAGUGCGGAAAGGCUUUCACAGGUGGAUCUAGUCUUGCUUCACAUCAGAAAAUCCACACUGGAGAGAAACCCUAUGAAUGUAUUCAGUGUGGAAAGGCUUUCACACAUAGAUCCAGUCUUGCUGCACAUCAGAGAAUCCACACUGGAGAGAAACCUUAUAAAUGUUAUCAGUGUGGAAAGGCUUUCACACGGAGCUCCAAUCUUGCUAAGCAUGAGAGAAUCCACACUGGAGAGAAACCUUAUGAAUGUUAUCAGUGUGGAAAGACUUUCAGAGAGAGAUUCAGUCUUGCUUCACAUCAGAAAAUCCACACUGGAGAGAAUCCCUAUGAAUGUAAUCAGUGCAGAAAGGCUUUCACACAGAAAUCCAGUCUUGCUGUACAUCAGAGAAUCCACACUGGAGAGAAACCUUAUGAAUGUUAUCAGUGUGGAAAGGCUUUCACACAGAGCUCUGGUCUUGCUAAGCAUCAGAGAAUCCACCUUGGAGAGAAACCUUAAUGUUUUCAGUGUGGAAAGACUUUCACAGAGAGUGCAAGUGUCUUGCUGCACAUCAGAGAAUCCACACUGAAGAAAUCUUAGGAAUAUAAUAAAUGUGGUAAAACCAUCAGGCAAUAUUCAUAAUCUAUAGAAAUCUUAUCACUGUUAUGAAUUAGAAAAUGCCUUCAGUUGUCAUUCAGAGCUUGUUCUAAAUUAAGGAAUUCAUUUUUUCAUCAUUUAUUUAGAAUUUUAUUUCCCCUCCAAUUAUAUGUAAAAAGUAUUUUA